UUACUCUAACCGGACACCUCCUCCUGCAGUCUUUCACAGUUUCAAGUUUCAACUCUUAUCACAGAGAGAAGAGAAGAGAGAGGCUUGGUUCCCCUGAAAAUGCCGACCGCCGAUGACAUUGGGAACCUCCCAAUUGACAUCACCUUUUCUCGUCUCGGAGAAUGGCUUGUUGAUCGGAAAAGAAUACCGGGAGAUUGGAGGAAACGAUUAGCAGCCGUGAGAGCUCGGAUUUCCAAGGAGUUCGCUUCCCUUCCUAAAGAUAUCAAUCCCUAUUUUCAUACCUUAGACCCUGAUGGAAUUGGUUACGUAGAGGCCAAACAGAUAUAUGAUAUUCUGGUCAAGUCUGCUCCAGAGAGUCGAAAUAUAUUCGGCCGGCUCUCCGGUGCUGCUGGUACUUGGGAAUCAAUUGUGCGUGCUUUCGAGAAGGAUUAUAUCUAUCUUGGCGAAGCUGCGCAGAUAAUGGUUCAAAAUGUGAACUAUGAGAUUCCGUAUCAGAAAAAGCAGGUGCAGAAGAUUCAGCAACAACUAGCUGAACUAGAGCACAAGGAAGCUGAUAUUAAGAGAACUGCAGCUCUAUCGGCAGCCAAGUAUGUGGAGGCUUGUCAAGAGCUUGGAUUGAAGGGAAAUAAUGUAAGGGUGGAACUUUUAGAGACUGCAAAAUCACUUCCUACCACAUUCAGCAGGAUAUUGGAAGUGAUAAAUGGUGAUUCUGUGUCGAGGGCUCUGGAGUAUUAUUCUAACUUUGUGAGAGAUGCUCACACUGAAAAGGAUAAAUCUUUGGUUGUGUUAACAAACUUGAAAGAUUUACGUGAGCAUCCCCCAUCAUUGGAUGUUUCUGUAGACUUAGAGUUUGUUGAUUCUGGGAAUGUUCAAUCAAGCCAUAAUGAGUCAAACAAUGUGACAGUGGAUGCAGAUGCUAAUGCUGACAGUAUAGACUGGGAUUUUUCUGUGGACAGUGCUCAGAUUGAUUGGGAUAUUGGUACUGUGGAAGAAACAGAAGAUGCUGGUAACGGUUUGGGCCCUUACGAAAUGGUUAGUGCCAGUGAGAUCUUGCAGAGUUCUCCAAAUGAAGUGGCAAAAUCUGAUCAGGUCCCAGAGGUUUCUGUGUCCGAGAUAUCUUGGGAUAUUAGUGUUGAAACUCCUCAAGUUGAUGCAAUUGAUGAUGUCAAUUUGCCGAAUGUUGUUGUUCACAAUCAAACAUCUGUUCUUCAUACUUCAACUCCAACAACUGAAAUCAAGGAAGGUAGGAGCCAACUUUUGGAAACAGAGUAUAGGAACAAGAUUCUGGAUGAUCUGAAUGAGAUCAAAGCUUUUCUAAAUCAGCGGUUGGUUGAGUUGAAGAAUGAAGAAACUUUGUCAUUGCAACAUCAAGUCCAGGCAGUUGCUCCCUUUGUGCUGCAGCAAUAUGCUCAUGAUGCCAUUGAGACAAUGCUAUCUGAUGUUUGCUUGGCCAUUUCUUUGCUGACAAAUAGGAAAACGCGGGACCUGAUCAUGAUUCUCAACUCCAAAAGAUUUCUAGACAGACUAGUGAGUUCAUUGGAAGAAAAGAAGCAUCACGAAGUGAAGUUGAAAGAGGGUUUGAAGGGCUUAGCUACCAAACGCAUGGAGCUGCACAACUCGUUAUCUUCUUCCUGGCCCAAGCAGGAAGCAGCUCUUGCAAAAACACGCGAGCUUAAGAAGCUGUGUGAGAGCACCCUUUCCUCCAUGUUUGAUGGUAGACCUGUUCAUAUAAUUGGAGAGAUCAAUGCCCUUUUGAAUAGUGGUGUUGCUGCAUAGGAAAAUAUUUGUCUCUGGGCUGAAGAAGCUGUGCGAGAGCAUCCUCUCAUCCAUGUUAUGUGGAAGAGACGUGUCAAUAUAAUUGGACAAGUCUCUGCAAUUUGUGCGUGUACUUUGAACCUCUUCUUUUUACUUUGUAACUUUGUGGUGUCUUCUUGGGGGCAAGGCAUUGAAGUUGGAUAAGCUAAAGCUGAACCAUGCCAAAAUUGUUGAAAUGUUUCUAGUGUGAAUAGUUUUCAGUUGGUAGUUACAAACUUAGUCAAUCAAUACAGAUUAGAACUUUUUGUAUUAUAUUUGCUUAUGAAAAUGCUGAUAACAUGUAUAACCUGCAAGUGUGGUAUAUACUCUUAGAGCUCCCUUGAUGAAUUUUCUGAAUGCCACAAAAUAGUAAAAUUUAGAUG